AUGCCAUAUUCGUUGCGAAGGGCGGCCAUCGGGGCCGGAGUCGCGCUGCCGACGCGCGUCUCCGCGGCCCCGGUGCCGCCGUUCUGCGGCGUUGAGGACGUGAUCCCCCCGUGGGCGUUCAACACGCCGUGGGAGGAGACCGUGAUCGACACCCCCGGGGCACCGGGGCUGAAGACCUGGGUCAGGCGGAUUGGAACCAAACCAAAGGGGGGGGGUCUUUUCGGGCGGAAGAAGAACGCGGGGGAGUCGACGCCGCUCCCGAUCGUCGUCGUGCACGGCGGCCCGGGCCUCCCGAGCAGGUACCUCGAGACGCUGGAGUUCCUCGGGCGGUACCGCGAGCUCGUGUUCUACGACCAGUCGGGCUGCGGGACGUCCCUGCGCGCAUCCAAAGGCGCCACGCCCCCUCUCGCCACCGCCACGCCCGUCGCGGCCGUCGACUUCUUCUGCGCGGAGCUCGAGGCCGUCUGCCAGGCGCAGGGCCUCGAGCGGUACCACGUGUACGCGGCGGGGCCCUGGGGCGGCAUCGUCGCGCUCUCAGCGGCUGCGUCCGGCCGGAUCCCGGGCGCGGCGUCGCUGGUGCUUGCGUCGCCCGUGAGGUCGUACGCCGGCCUCGUGCGCGACCGCACGGCCGCGCUCGCCGCGCUCGAGGACGCUGGCGCGCGCGCGGCGCUGCGGGACGGCGCGGACGGCCCCGCGGCCGCCGCGGCAAUGGAGAAGUACAACUUGAAGUAUUUUUCGAGAAAGAACAGUGCUGGGUGCUUGGCGGUGGCGAGAAACGGCUUCGGCGCGGACGUCUCGGCCGUGCUGAUGGGCGGGAAGUACUUCGAGGCCGCGGGCGCGCUCGCGGGGUGGGAGGCGGACGCCGCAGAGCUGCAGCGCAUCAAGGGGCUUCCGACGCUGCUCACGAGGGGGGAGUUCGACGAGGUGUCCAGGGGGAGUGUUGCGGCGCUGCGGGACGAAGCGCUGCCGUGGGCGGAGGUCGCGCCGGACCUCCCGGGCGCCGCCACGUGCCAGCACAUCGACAACUGGGAGCCGCACUUGGAAACGGUGCAGGCGUUCGUGGAGCGCGUGGAGGGCAAGACGGCCUGA